AGGUGGAGGAGGAGGAGGAGGAGGAGGAGGAGGUGGUGGUGUGAAGGACAGUGCGGCAGUUUGCACAGUUUCUGAAUCAAAAGGAGCUUUCCAGUUGUUUGAAUCAUCGACUAAUCCUCCUCCUCUCAGACGCGAUGAGGAGGAGGAGGAGGAGGCUCUGCUGCUGCUCUCCACUCACAUUCAGCGCUGAAGAGAAGUGAAGCAGAAGUGAAGCAGAACACAGAUGUGAUGUUGAACGACUCGAUGAUUUGAGUUGCUCCUCUGUUGAGUGAAAUGAAAUCUGGGAGCAGAGGUUGAAGUUUGCUGCUGGCUGCAUCGUUCCCCUCCUCAGAGAGGAGGCGCAGGAUGGAGAGUCGGCUCGGCGUGAAGGCAGGCGGCAGCAGGUUCAAGCAGGCGGUGGCUGAAGCGUGCCGUAAGAAGGCGAGCGCAGAGGCUGAGGCAGCGAGGGCGAGCCGGAGCAGCCUGUGGGGCGUCCUCAAGAGGAAUCUGAAGAAGCCCCGGGUGAAGCUGGGGGGCAGCUUGUGCACGCUGAACGUGGGCGGCCGCAGGUUCUCCUUCUCCGCCGAGCUGAUGAAGCGGCUUCCCCUGAGCCGGCUGAGCCGGCUGCACCACUGCGCCUCCGAGAGCGAGCUGCUGGAGCUCUGCGACGACUACGACCGCGACAGGAACGAGUUCUUCUUUGACCGCCACGCCGACGCCUUCAGCUUCAUCCUGCUGUACCUGCAGCACGGCUCGCUGCGCUUCCUGCCCGACAUGUGCGAGCUCUCCUUCUACAACGAGAUGCUGUACUGGGGCCUGGAGAGCUCCGACCUGCAGCCCUGCUGCCAGCGCCGGCUGGACGACCGCAUGUCCGAAUGCUGCGUCCACUUCUUCCCGGAGGAGGAGCCCCACGGCCCCGAGGAGCCUUCCCGCCGCUGGCUGGACAAGAUGAGGAGGACGUUCGAGGAGCCCACAUCCUCAGUGGCGGCGCAGAUCCUGGCCUCAGUGUCCGUGUUCUUCGUGCUCGUCUCCAUGGUGAUGCUGUGUGCCAGCACGUUACCUGACUGGAGGGACGAGGACAGCCUGGAGCAGCACAGGGUCAUCGAGGCCGUGUGCAUCGGUUGGUUCACCACCGAGUGCAUCGUCCGUUUCCUGGUGUCUCGAGAUAAAUGCGAGUUUGUCCGCCGCCCUCUGAACAUCAUCGAUAUGUUGGCCAUCAUGCCGUACUACGUCUCCGUCACCAUGACGAUAGUGACAGGAGAAGACUCGCAGCUGCAACGCGCCGGCAUGACGCUGCGCAUCCUGCGAAUGAUGCGGAUCUUUUGGGUGAUUAAGUUGGCACGUCACUUUCUUGGCCUGCAGACACUCGGCCUGACUCUACAGCGCUGCUACCGCGAGAUGGUGAUGCUGCUGGUCUUCGUUUGCGUCGCCAUGGCGAUUUUCAGCGCACUAGCCCAGCUGCUGGAGCACGGCCUGGACCUGGAGGGCCGGAACGAAGACUUUGCCAGUGUCCCCGCCGCCUGCUGGUGGGUCAUCAUCUCCAUGACGACAGUGGGAUACGGGGACAUGUACCCGGUGACGGUGGCGGGCCGCGUGCUGGGCGGCCUCUGCGUGCUGAGCGGGAUUAUCCUGCUGGCGCUGCCCAUCACCUUCAUCUACCACAGCUUCGUCCAGUGUUACCACGAGCUCAAAGUGCGCUCAGCACGCUGCAGCCGCAGCCUGUCCGCCGAGUUCCUGAACUGAUCAUUGAACCACACACACCAACACCGUCACAGUAAACACCGUCACCACCAGCACUAUCACCCCUAACACCGUCACCACCAGCACUAUCACCCCUAACACCGUCACCACCAGCACUAUCACCCCUAACACCGUCACCACCAGCACCGUUGCCACCAACACUGACACCAUCAACAUCACUACCAAAACCAACAUCAUGAUCAACACUGUCACAACUCACACCAUCACUACCAACACCAAAGUUACAAACACAAUCGUCACCAGCACCAUCCCCAACACUGCCACCAUCAACCGACAUCACACCCAAACAGACUGAACAUUAGCGUCACCCUCAGGACAAACUGUGUGCCAGCGCCCGACCUAAAGACUGCAUAUCACUGCCCCCCUCAGGACAGAAUCUAUACCAGCACCCGAUCUAUGGACAGAUGGCAUAUUAGCGCCCCCUUCAGGGCAUACUGUGUAUUUGCACCCCCUCAGGACAGACUGUACACCAGCACCCGAUCUCUGGACAGACUGUGCAUUCCUGCAGCGCUCAGGACAGACUGCACACCAGCGCCCCCCUCAGGACAGACUGCACCUUACCGUUCCCCUCAGCAUGAAGGUUACGUGAGGGUUUUGGACUGUCAGGGGGUGAAGCUGCCAGUCUGUGCUGUCAUUGGACAGUGCCAGUGGUUUCCAUGGUGACGGGAGAUUGAAGUGUUGAAUAUCAGGACCGACCUGUGAGUUCUGUGAAAUGUCUCACUUCUCCGUCAUGUGUGUGAAAUUCUGCAACUCCACAGACUCUCCAUUUAACCCCCCUUCUCCUCCUCCCCAUCUUCAUGCUCCUCCUCUUCCUGCUCCUCCUCCUCCCCCUUCUGCUCCCUCCACACACAGCUGAAGGCUGUUUCCAGAAGAUCACAAAAAUCUUCAUACAAAAUGUGUAGGCUAUAGUAAAAAUCUUUGUGCAAAAUGUUGUUUAUAUUUUCAACCUGAUAACUGAUUCAGUUUGUGUCAUCUACUUGUAAAUAGCUGCAGAUUUUUCCUUCAUUUGAAAAUAAAUGUCUAAACCUUU